AUGGACAAACGGACUGUGUUUAUGAGUUUAGGCAAUCGUGAUUGUAUGGAUAGCACGGAUGAGCAAAUGAUAAACAAUGUUGACGAAUCAAAAGAAUGUCCGUUUAGAUACGAUGCAUUCGGUUGCGAUGAAACGCUGUUUCAUAAUCAAUAUUUUUCGUGUGGCGAUGGCGAAUUUAUAGAUGGAGAAAUAAGAUACGAUAAAUCGCGUCAAGAUUAUUAUUGCGUUAGUUUUCGUGAUCGAAAUUUUUUGUGUGAAAAAGAUUAUCACAGACAUAUGUGGACUAUGGAAAACGGAAACUGUAUAUUAUAUGAUGAUAAUUUUACAAUUGCACCAAAUACAACUCGAAAUAAAUUGUGUUCAUUGUACACACAAUGUAUAUUAACUGACGUAUGUAACUGUACUGAUAACUGUUUAGAUUUAGUUUUCGAUUAUUGUCCAGAUACCGGUUUACAAUUUGGAAAAGUGGUAAAAUAUCCUGUUAGACCUAUUCUAAAACCUUAUUUGAACACAUAUAUACAUGCUGGCAAAUUCGAUUCAUCCUAUGCUCUAGAUAUUACGAUCAGUCAUAGUAUCAAAUGUUUAUGUAAAGUAAAAUUAUCUGAUUUUCGUUGUAAAAUACCUAAUUCAAUUGAAUGUGAAACUGUACGAGAAUAUAUGUCAUAUUCACAGAAUAUAUCGUCGCCGUUAAUUUUAACUGCAUUUAUGAAAAAUAAUCAGUUAUCCGUCCCACACAGCCACGGUCAAAUUAGUUUUCAUCGAUAUUGUGACUCAUUUUGGGAUUUAGACUAUGGAUUUGAUGAGACACCAAGUUUGUAGUCUUCCAUAUAUUACAUAACCUGCAGAAGGAUCAGGAGAUUUAGAAAAUACUACUUAUGAUUUAGAAAUACUCUUUACUUACACUAAAGAUUAUGUAGCCACUUCGCAAGGCUUUUUGUAAUGUCGCUAUUUUGCACAGUAAAAUUCGAUAUUGUAUUCUUUUAAUCAGGCACGGUAUGUGAAGAAAAUCUCUCUUAGUGAGUGAUAGAAUUUUGUCGUUUUCAUUAGUGCAGGCAUCCAGUAAACCGAAAAUCAUAAAAGAGGUUCCGCAGGUCAGGAAGCCAUGUUGACCUAUGCGCAACUUCAUUAUUAAAGAAAACCUUAAAUUAGUCCUUUUAGCCGUUAUUAACUUUUGAUUAUGAGAGAAUUUGUGAGUACAUCGAGAAACUGAGCACAUCAAGAAAAAACUAGUAAUAAGGCUUAACAUGACCAAAGUCAAUUGCAUUUUAAGGUUGGAGACAUUUGAAUUUUACUGGGAAAAACUCAAUAUUGAAAACAUUCGAUAUAUCUACUCAGAAGCCUUAUCACUAAGUUACAGAUACAUUUUAUAAUGGCAGCAACGCUGGAUCACGGGUAAAGCAGGUAAAGUUUAUUCGGAUAUUCAUCCAAGUGUUGACAAAUAUUCCGUCGGAAAAUUUAUGUUGAAAAACCAAUCAUAGUAUCAAAGCUCAACAACCUGAAAUCAAGCUAUAGGUUGUCUAUGAGCGGACGAUCAAAUUUGACCAUUUACCAAUGAGCGAGCCUGAUAUUGAAACAAGAUGUCAUAUUUUCUACCACUGUGGUGCAUGCAAACAAGAAAGAUAAACUCUGCUUGAGAUAAAUCAAAUAAUAUUAAAUAGAGACAUAGACUUAGUUUUAGUAGAUAUCAGAUCACUCAUUGAUAUAGCUGUCUAUUUACAACUAAUGAAUCGCGAAAGGUAUGUUCCAAAAGUAAUAGAUAAAUCCUUCAUUCAACUAUAAAAGUAUACUUGCUACCAUGCUAUGCGUACUGAAAUCAAAAAACGUAAAAUAAAAAUCCUAUCACACAUGAAAGAAAGGAGGGGAG